CCCUCGAUCUCGAUCCUUCUUCACCUCUCCAUCUCUCGUCUCUCUUCCAGAGAGCGAAACCCUAGCCAUCAUCUAACACCGCCGCUCACUCGCCUCUCUCUCUUCUCUCUCGUUCCUGCCGUCUUUCUAAACCGCAAAAAUCUAAACCCUAACGACCGCAACGAAGGCCCGCCGCCACUCUCUUCUCCCUCUCGUUUUUGCUCUGCCGAAACUCUCUGGGUUUUCUCUGAGUCAAAACCCUGACUCCUAAUCCUACCUCGAUCCUAUUCUCUCGUUACUGGUCACGAGAAACAGCUCGGCCACAACCAAUCUCCUAAUGGAAGCCCGAAUUAGAGAUCUGAUGAGGCGCCAGCCACUAACCCUGGCUCUAUACCCCCAAAUCGACGCAAAAGGGAAAGGAUCGAUCUAGAGAAACAGAGGAUGGCGCCGGCCCCAGAAUCCGCCGGCAACGAACGCGGCGGUGGUUUGAGGACGGCUAAGGCAGGUUCUAAAAUAAAAGUCAGAUCUAGAUCUAAUUGAUUUGCAGAUCUGAGUAUUUGAAAA